UAAUGGAAACUCAAGGUUCUCUGGUCUUGGUGUUGGGCUUCAUAGUGCUACUGAACGGUCUGAACCUGUAUGUUCAAGCAGCAAGUUUCUUUGCAAGUAAUGUCUCCUUUCCGUUCAGUCGGAGUAGCUUCCCAGAAGGUUUUGUUUUCGGGGCAGGAUCAGCUGCUUAUCAGUAUGAAGGUGGGGCAUUUCUAAAUGGUAAAGGCCCAAGUAACUGGGACUACUUCACUCACAAAUAUCCAGGCAAAAUAGCUGAUCACAGCAAUGGAGAUGUGGCUGUUGAUUCUUAUCAUCGUUACAAGGAAGAUGUGAGUUCAUUGAAGCAAAUGGGACUGGAUGCUUAUAGAUUCUCCAUCUCUUGGCCGAGAUUAUUACCCAAGGGAAAGAUUAGUGAAGGUGUGAACAACGACGGCCUCAGAUAUUAUAACAACCUCAUCAAUGAGCUUCUAUCCAAUGGCAUGCAGCCAUUCGUGACUCUCUUUCAUUGGGAUUGUCCCCUAGCACUUGAGAAGGAGUAUGGUGGUUUCUUAAGUCCUCAAAUCAUGUAA